GCAGUCCCCCAAAGAGAUGAAAACGGUUUGUUGGUCACAAUCUCUCUGCGGAGAGCCUCUCAGUUUAUGUUGGAAUAUUUCUGUGAUAAAUGUCUUCGUUGUUGUGCUCCUAGUUAUUCUAUGUGCGGAUAUCAUUAUUGUUAGUUUUUUUCUCUUUAGUAAAUGCUAAAUGUUAAAAGUGUACGGUGUACACGUGAAAACACGCGUUAUUUCAUUAUUAAACGUUAAACCGUUAUCGUUUGUAUAGUCGUGGACUGAAGAAUGCCAGUUUUAAAGUAUGUUUUGUUUAUUAUUUUCUUAAAUAUGUUCGCUCAGUGUUAAUGAAAUAGGAUUAAAUCAGAAAAGGAACUGAAUAUGUUAAAAUGUCCCAGAAAGAAAACGACGCGUUUGUAACUGUUGUUUCUGUCAGUUCAAACAUGGUACCCGAGCCAACUACAUCCAUAAAAGAGCCCAACAAAUCUGACUACGUCACAGUCUUAACUAUAAACGAUGAAGAUAUCAAAUCCAUCACUGACGUAACAGAAGAAGUCGUAGUUUACAGACUACCAGGCGAAAGACUAGGUUUUGGCUUGAAAUUUGAAGGCGGAACUAAAGCUCAGGAAUGUGUUAAAAGACUCUUCAUUCAAUCUUGUGCUUCAGACAGUCCUGCUUCUAGAGUGGAGAGUUCUUGGGGGAAGCUAGAAGAAGGAGAUGAAAUCAUACAGAUCGAUUCAGUUCCUGUCAACCACAUGACCAGAAUUGAUUGCGUGAGGUGCUUGAAAGAAUCCAGUAUGACCAUAAAACUUCUUGUGAAACAUUCCUUUACUUCCUUCCCCAAACAAAAUUACUCUGUUAUAAUUAACACUGAGGAAAGGAAACCUCCUCUGGUUCCACCUAGGAAACAUCACAGGAAACUACUAAAGAAUAACCAGAACAAUGAAGCAAGUCAUGAGAAUAUUAUUCCAGUAUUUAAGCAAGAUAAGACUACAAGACUGCAGUCACCUAGGAAUAGUUUUAGGAAGAAAUACUCUCCGGAUUUAGCCAGGAGAUUGUCAGAUGCCAGUUUUGGGCCUCCGGAUGCUGAGGUUUAUCUGGAUUUAAUAUCUCAAGAAUCUACUCAGAGUCUUAGUGAAUCUGAUGACACUGGAAGCAGCAUAUCUACUGUACUAGACAGAUUUGCCUCAUUUCCAACUACAACAACAUCAAGUUUCGCGGGUAGCCUUCCAUCAACACCAACUUCAAUCCAAAGGCACUUAGAUCUGUCCUACAUAAUAAACGAAUUCGAUGAUGACGAUUUGUUCCCUAUGAUCGACAAAAAAUCAUCUAAAUCUGCGUUAGUUGAAGAAAACAACAAUGUCAUUAAAAGUUCUUCUGAAGAAAAUAUUAAAUUGUCUCAGGAAUUGGAAGUACUUCAAGCCACCGACGAUGUAGACUCGGCCAGCAGCAAUUUGGAAAGUAUUGAAAUCGCGAAAAUCCCAGUAGUAACUCCUAGAACUAGAAAUGUAAACAAUAAACCAAUAAUAAGCAAUGACAUGGAUAACACUUUACCAAGACUGGUCAAUUUUGUACCUAAGAAAGAACUAGAUGAUAAAAUAGAGUUUCUGAAGAAGCAGUUUGAAAGAUCUGAUCACGAUGACGAUCUGGAUUACGAAAUUGAUGAUGAUGAUUAUUCCAGGGACGAAAUACUCGAGUACAGCAGGGGAAUGGACCUAUCGAAUUCAAAAUGGAGCUUCUCAUCACAUCUAUCUACUAUAGGGGAAGAUGAUGAAGACCAGAAGAGUUACAAGUCUAGUGCAAAAUAUGGGUUUCCUAUCAUAUCGACAUCACCUUUUGGUUCAGUCACCAAUAUUUCUGGUGAUCAAAUAGAAAAUGACUCUAACGAGGAAUUUGAUAAUGAUAACUCAAGUCAUAUGGAAGCUCCUCCAAGUGGUUUUCGGCAACCUCCCGACGGACACGAGUUUCCUGAUUUUAUAGAACAUUCAAAAUCACCGUCGUAUGUCGAAGACGCGUCCUAUAAGUUAGAUCCCGUAGAAUGUUCCCCAGGCUAUCCAAGCCUGGGCGUUGACAAAUUCUUGAGCAACUCAAACGUAGACUUGAGCGAGAAAAUCCGGGAUCAUGACGAAGAAACCGCUUAUUACAGACCCACAAACUUGCUUUAUACGAAAUCCUUAAGUCUGACGGAUAUGUCGGUUUAUGGAAAGGAAAAAUCUUCUAGUCAGAGGAGGCGGUUAUCUAAACUGAAAGGGUUAGUUAUUCCUGAAACUCCUGAAAAUGAACAGAUACCUCAAGUGAAUAUUCCUGAAAUCAAAAGUAUUACGACGUUACCCAUUAAUAUAGAAACAGAGAGAAAAGAGAGUUAUCAGGCUAUUAGAAAAACGCCAAGUCCUCCCAUAUCGUCCAUUGUUCUGCCUUCCUGGACAGCUAAUACAAACCUUCCUAAAUAUUCGCCAGCUUUUAAAAGGAAAAGCUUACACGUUUAUCCAGCAACUUUAUCAAAACACUCUGACUCUUACAGCGAAGAGGGUAGCUUAGAAGACUAUGUCAGCAGCACUCAGUCAAGACACAGCGAUGAUUUAAAAUCAUUAGAAAGCAUCUCAUCACCGACUCGCUCAGAUUACAACUUUGAAUACAUUAGUUCGAAAAUCACGACAAUCAAAGAUAACAAAGAUCACAUAGACAGUGAUAACGACUCAGCUGUCAGUUCUAGCCAGUCGAGCUUCAAUUCCAGAAGCUCUCCCCCUCCUUCUUAUGUACCAGAUGAGAAAUUAAUAUCUUCAGAGAAGAUCGACCGUCCUUUCAAUCUUGAAUCUAUAAAUAGGAAAAAUAUAUUAUCCGAUGCUAAAUGCAGAAGCGGUCAAGACACGAAGGUACCUUCAAUUAUUGAGAAAAUUAAUUUAAUAGAAGGACGUCAGAAGAAGGAACAAGAAAACAACAUUAGUAAUGAAAUCUUGCUGCAAGACGCCAUAUUGGACGAGCUAGUUAUAAGAAAUGUUCAAGAUAAACCAAUAGUAGUUAACCAGCCUGUAGUUUUAGAGGUCAUGGACGCCAAAGAAGUUGUUCAAUCGAAUAAAGCUCCUGAAUUAUCCAGUAUGUAUAAUAAUAAUAUCAAACCAGUUCCAACCAAAAGGACUCUAGCUCCAACACCAACAGUCAGAGAACGCAAACUGAUAAACGAAAGGCAAUUUGAAAAUAACCAAAAUAAGUUUCUGAGCGACAAAAAUAACUUAAAAUCGUUCGAAAAACAGAAAGCACAAGGUGGAGUUCAAAGUCUGAGGGCCAAUUUCGAAAAAAGAAAUCACUCUGAACCAGUGCAUGUACCUAAACCAAUCAGACCUGUUGUGACUCUUAGAAGAACCGAAGAAGUAUCUUCGUCGAAAAAUAACGAACUAAAAGCUGCUAUUAGGUCUAAAUUUGAAAAAACGCCAGCUCCUUUAGUUGAAUCAAGACGUGCAUCAACGGGUGGACACGCUGUAAAUGGCGGGACUCCUAUUGCAUCUUCAUUUAUAAGAAAAGAGUCUUUAAAGCCGUCUGUUCUAAACUUGCCAAGUUCAGUACCAGCCAGUCCACAAGUGUUAUCUCGCAAUGAGUUAGUUACAGUAGAACUAGUGGUCAAUCCAACCGAUGGACCUUUAGGUGUAGUUGUUAAAGGGGGUGUUGAUCAGGAAAACACGAAUAUAAUAAUUAAUAGAAUUAGAUAUGGUAGUAUUGCGUAUAAAGAUGGUCGACUGAAAAAAGGAGACAAAAUCAUUUCAAUUAAUGGUAAACCCACAAAUGAAAUGUCAAAUUCAGAUGCAACAGAAAUAUUAAAGGGUAACUACAAAAAAUUCUCAAUAGUAAUUGAGGAAUCAAAUGAUACAUUACCAAUUUCUCCAUUAUCUAAAAAAUCAUCGUCGUUACUAUCACUGACAUCCGAGACAAAAGAAUCAGUUAUAAGCCUGGAUCUAGAGAAUAAGCAACCUACUAAUUCUGUCACAAUAGUAAAAGAUGCUUCUGGUUUAGGAUUUAGUAUUGAAGGUGGAAAAGAAUCACCAAAAGGAGAUGUACCAUUGGUUGUUAAAAAGAUAUUUGCAGGAGGGGCAGCUGAUAAAUGUGGACAACUGAAAGUUGGAGAUGAAAUUAUCGCAAUCAAUGGCACAAGUUUUCAAAACUUAACCCGUAUAGAAGCCUGGUCCCAAAUGAAAAAAAUGCCUGAUGGACCAAUAAAAAUUGACAUCUUCAGAUAAUGUGAUAUAAUUACCAUAUAUGUUUUUCUUAGCUGUGUGUAUUGCCAUUUGUUAUUAUUUAUUUGAUAACUGUUAUUCUUUAUUACAUUUUGUAUAUAAUUAUUUUUGCCUACAUCUGGGUAAUAUGUUAAAGUUUUUAUUUAUUUUUCUAAAAAUUAAAUUAUAUGUAGUUUUAGUUUUCCCAUCUUUUUAUAUAAAUUAAAGCUGCUAUGUAUUUAAAUAAAAUAAAUGUUGUAAAACCCUAAUAGAAACUUAAAUUUAAUAUACACUUAUUACAGAUCAUAA